AUGGAGGCGCUUCGCCGCGUCAAGCGUUUCACGGGUCAGCGGCAGAAAGUCGGCCACGGAGGCACAAUGGAUCCGCUGGCGAGGGGCGUGCUGCCAGUUUGCUUCGGCCAGGCUACGCGACUAAUGGAAUACGUUGUCGGCGGUAGCAAACGCUACGUGAUGGACGUCAGGCUUGGUCAAUCUACGUCUACUUACGACUCAGAAGGGGAAAUCACAGCUACCCGCAGCGCCAGCGGCAUCUCCCGCGCAGACAUAGAAUCCUCCCUUGAACCCUUCAUCGGCAACGUCGACCAGGUGCCACCAAUGUACAGCGCGGUAAAAGUCGACGGACAACGACUGUAUAAACUGGCCCGUGCCGGGAUUGAAGUCGAACGGCAGGCCCGCAGCGUCGAAAUUCACAGCAUCCGUCUGACACGACUGGAACUCCCAGAACUGACCUUGGACGUUGACUGUGGUCGCGGGGUGUAUAUGCGGACCCUGGCCCACGACCUGGGCGAGGCACUCGGUUGUGGCGCUCACGUAACCGACCUGGAACGCCGCAGAUGCGGAGGCUUUCCCUCGGAAAACAGCGUGACCCUGGAAGAUCUGGAGAAAGCCUCCCAGCAGCCGAACGGUUGGCAACACCUGCUACAUCCGGUGGACUGGGUCGUGCGAGAUUACAAAACCGUAACCGUGGGGCCGGCCGCAGAGAGAUUUCUUCGGAACGGCCAGCCAGUGAGCCUCGGAAAUCCCAACAUCCAAGCCGGGUAUAUGGAGCAGUUCCGCGCAUACAAUUCGGCCGGUCAAUUCCUCGCCUUGGUGCGCUUCGACCGUGCCGGAAACUCCUGGCGCCCACUGAAGGUAUUUCAUGCCGACGUGCGCUCUCCCUUGGCACCUGUAUCCGCAUAA